AGCCUUGGGCCAUCCAAGGGAGUCAGAUAUGGCUCACCAUUGUUCAAACAAGGCUCUUCUUUUCGUUUUUCUUUCUCUUUUUUCAACCUUUUCAAGUGCUCAUCUUCCUGAACUAAUCCAUUCUGAACCAAUUGAUCCAACCAAUGUUGAAGAUGAUGCACUACUAGUCCCAGCCACAGCACCAGCACCAGCACCCGAAAUAGAAUUUGAAAACGAUGAACCCCUUAUUCCACCACCAACAAGAAAAACAAAUGAAAGACUGAAGAAGGCCCAUGUUGCUUUUCAGGCAUGGAAGAAGGCCAUUUAUUCCGACCCUUUGAACAUCACCGGCAACUGGGUAGGUGAAGAUGUUUGCUCUUACAAUGGUGUGUAUUGUGCUCCUUCCCUUCAUGAUCCCACCCAGCUUGUGGUUGCUGGCAUUGAUCUGAACAAUGCAGACAUUGCUGGCAGCCUCCCAGAAGAGUUGGGACACUUGGAAGAUAUUGCACUUUUUCACAUUAACUCCAACAGAUUCUGCGGUGUGAUCCCAGAGAACUUGCUCAAUCUCACACUUGUGCAUGAGUAUGAUAUCAGCAACAAUCGGUUUGUUGGUCGGUUUCCUUCUGUGGUUCUCACAUGGCCAAACUUGAAGUACCUGGACCUCAGAUUCAAUGACUUUGAAGGACCCAUACCCCCAGAGCUUUUUGAGAAGGAUCUUGAUGCAAUCUUUUUGAACAACAACCGUUUCUCAUCCGUCAUCCCAGACACCAUAGGAAAAUCCAACGCCUCGGUCAUCACCUUUGCCUACAACGAUUUCAAAGGCUGCAUCCCCAGCUCUUUCGGAAACAUGAAGAACCUCAACGAGAUUGUCUUCAUAGGAAACAACCUGGGAGGAUGCUUCCCGCAGGAUGUUGGAAAGAUGGAAAACCUCACGGUUUUGGAUUUAAGCGGCAAUGGGUUUGAAGGGACUCUUCCUAACUUGUCACAAUUGAAGAAGGUUGAGGUGAUAGACAUUUCGCACAACAAGCUCAGUGGAUAUGUGUCUGACAGUGUGUGCCAACUUCCUUCCUUGAAGAACUUCACAUUCUCUCACAACUACUUCAAUGGAGAAGCUCCUAGCUGCGUGCCUUCACCCAAUUCGGUGGUGGCUUUGGAUGACUCACACAAUUGUUUUACAGGAAAGAAGGAUCAGAAGUCAUCCAAGAUGUGCUUGCCAGAGCUAACUCGCCCUGUGGAUUGCAGCAAGCACUGUGGAGAAGCACCAAAGCCAACUCCAUCUCCUAAACCCGAGACACCAAAGCUUGUACACUCUUCACCACCACCACCUCCUCCGGUUCACUCUCCUCCACCUCCCGUUUUCUCACCACCUCCACCGGUACACUCUCCACCACCUCCUCCCGUCUUCUCUCCCCCCCCACCACCUCCCGUUUUCUCACCACCUCCACCAGUUCACUCCCCACCACCUCCUGUUUUCUCACCACCUCCUCCAGUUCACUCCCCACCACCACCACCAGUCAACUCUCCACCUCCACCGGUUUAUUCCCCACCACCACCACCACCACCAGUCAACUCUCCUCCACCACCAGUUUUCUCCCCUCCACCACCAGUUUUCUCACCACCACCACCAGUUCACUCUCCUCCUCCACCAGUUUCCUCUCCACCACCCCCAAUUUUCUCCCCACCACCACCGGUGUACUCCCCACCACCACCCCCAGUUUCCUCCCCACCACCACCACCACCAGUGUACUCCCCACCUCCACCAGUUUCCUCUCCUCCUCCACCAGUGUACUCCCCACCACCACCAGUUUUCUCUCCUCCUCCUCCAGUCUUCUCCCCACCACCACCACCACCAGUGUACUCACCACCACCACCAGUGUACUCCCCACCACCACCACCAGUUUACUCUCCUCCUCCUCCAGUCUCCUCCCCACCACCACCAGUGUACUCUCCUCCACCACCACCAGUAUGGGACGAUGUUUUCCUUCCACCAAUCUAUGGCUCCUCAUACAAGUCACCUCCUCCACCGGCAAUUGUUGGAUACAACUAAAAGAGUCUGUAAUUUCAUUAACAUCUUUGUCCUUCUUUUUGCUAUGGUUCCCAAGAGUCUUUGGUGAAAAACUGAACUUCAUGUCCUUGGAUUCUGUGUAACCACUUAAGGGGGUUCAUCUCCGCGAAUUCUAAUUCUAUGAAAUAUAUAUA